AUGUUUUGGCCGUUGUUUGCGUUGGGUUUGGCUGUGCCGGCGGCGGCGGUGGUGGGUGGGGGUCCGGCUGCUCCUCCCGAGCCUGAUGCUGCGGUGGUCUUCACACAGAAGCAUGGCUUCAGCUGCCGCUUGGAAGGCCUUAAGGACGAUAAACGAGGAUAUUACAUGUUUGCUGGAAUAAGAUAUGCAGAGCCACCAGUUGGUCCGAUGAGGUUCCAACGGCCAAUACGCCGAUAUCUCGCAGGUGAAAUCAACGCUACUAGAAACUGUCCACCAUGUCCUCAGCUGGAUCCUUUGGGCUCUGGGAGAGUCAUUGGAAGGGAAGAUUGCUUAUGUUUAAAUGUUUUCUCACCAAAAAUGCCUGGUGAAGAGCAAGGUAGUCCAGUUGUUUUCUUUAUUCAUGGUGGCAAUUACAGAUCAGGGUCAAUCGCGCCGUAUGGAGGUCAAAGUUUCGCGCAAAAAGACACAAUCAUAGUAACAGCUCAGUACCGUCUGGGGACCCUUGGGUUUUUAAGUACGGGACAAAGGGAUGCGUCAGGGAACACCGGCCUGUUCGACCUUCGCGCUGCUAUGGCUUGGAUCCAAGAUUACAUUGAAUUCUUCGGUGGAGACAAAUCUCGUCUAAUUGUUAUGGGCCAAGGGUCUGGUGGCAGUGCCGCAUCUCUCCUCUCAUUAUCUCCCGAAGGCAGAUCAGCUACUGGUGUAGUCGCUUUAUCUGGUGCUCCGCUAUCACCUGGAGCUAUAAAAGAAGAACCAAAUAAACACGCCGAAGCUCUUGCGGAAAAGACCGGUUGUCCUAAGGCACCUGCAGAAAGAUUGAUUAUGUGUCUAAGGAAAAUUCCAGUAGAAAAAAUUAUACAAGUAGAUAACGAAAUCGGUACAAGCAUGGUCGAUACGAAAGCAUUUUUGGAUGAAAUAUCUGGGCGCUCAGGUUCUGGUGUACGCGUGGAAGAUAAGGAUGAUGACCGCGGUCUCCCUCCUAUGGUACAAGAGCAACCGUCGGAGUCUUUGAAAUUGAAACAACAAAGGUGUCCCAUCCUCACUGGAGUCGUAUCCGCAGAGACAUCUAACGCUGUAUUUGGAAAGUACAAUCAAUUUUUAACAACUCAAUUAAAAUCGGUCAAGGACUUUAUCAAGAAAGAUCUAAUUGGAGGACUCAAGAAUGUGGUAGAUAAUGUCCCAGGCCUCAAUAUAUUGCAAGUAGCAGGACUCAACAGCAUACUACCUCUACCGGAUUACUAUCAAGCUCUGUUUGAUAGUUCCUUGAACGCGGUUGAUGGGCUCAGUCAGAUCGCUGAAGCCACCGGAGACGCGCUGUUCAACUUCCCCGCGUAUCAAAGUGUGCGGUCGUGGAGCGAGUGCGCACCUGCCUUCCUAUAUAGCUUUGAACAUGUCGGCAAUCUUACUAAGGGCUCUUAUUUCUUACCUGGACUUGCUCUUACACAGAACGCAGAUGGAUCCACUGCGAAUAAUGAAAAAAAACCUAAAGGACCGGCUCACGGCGAUGAACUGGCUUAUCUCUUUGAACCAUUGGACGAUAACGGCAAUUCUAUAGUCGGUGGAAUAUCACAAAUUGACGAGAAAGCUAGAAAUGCCUUUUUGGAUCUAAUAACAAAAUUUGCCCAUCAAAUGCCAAACGAUAAAAAUAAUACGAAUAACGCAACAAACAUCUUCGGAUUUGAACCUUAUUCAUCUGAUGGCGAAAAAUAUCUUAAGAUAACUGACAAAGUAACUACGGAUAAAAAUUUCAGAUUUUGCCAAAUGGGCUUAUGGGGUAAUAUAGCUGAUAGGAUAACGGGAGCUGUUUGCAAAAAUAUUUUAGGUCAGGUUUUAAAUCUGCCUAAGCUUCUAGAGAAGCCACUGGGCAAUGUUCCAGUUGUCAAUGGUUUGGGAUCUGCGGGUCAGAAUUUGGGCGGUGGAUUACUACCAAUUUCAGCUCCGGUAAAGAAUAAAAACACAAAUCCAUCUGUAGUGCCAAUGUGGAGUAACACUUUCAAUAAUUUUGGAUUA